AUGGCUUACGCUCAGCUUCUCACCCAAGUCAAGAGCUGGCUUCGGAUCCACAACCUCCUGGCCCGACAGUGCUUGGCAGAAUUCCUGGGCGUGUUUGUGCUCAUGCUCAUCACACAGGGGGCUGUGGCUCAGGCCGUCACCAGUGAAGACACCAAAGGCAACUUCUUCACCAUGUUUCUGGCUGGUGCCCUGGCUGUGGUGGUAGCCAUCUACGUGGGUGGCAAUGUUUCAGGCGCGCACCUGAAUCCAGCCUUCUCCCUGGCCAUGUGCCUCCUGGGGCGCAUGCCUUGGGCCAAGCUCCCCAUUUACUGCGUUGUGCAGCUGCUGUCAGCUUUCUGCGCCUCCGGAGCCACGUACGUGCUCUACUAUGAUGCCCUACAGAACUAUACCGGUGGCAACCUGACAGUCACCGGCCCCAAGGAGACAGCCUCCAUUUUUGCCACCUACCCAGCCCCGUACCUGUCCAUUAACAAUGGCUUCCUGGACCAGGUCAUAGGCACCUGGAUGCUGAUCGUGGGCAUCUUGGCCAUCCUGGACACACGGAACAAGGGGGUGCCUGCAGGUCUGGAGCCUGUGGUCGUGGGGCUGCUGAUCCUGGCCAUCGGGCUCUCCAUGGGGGUCAACUGUGGGUUCCCGCUGAACCCAGCCCGGGACCUGGGUCCUCGGCUCUUCACCUACGUGGCUGGCUGGGGCCCUGAGGUCUUCAGUGCUGGUAACGGCUGGUGGUGGGUGCCUGUGGUAGCCCCCCUGGUGGGGGCCACGCUUGGCACAGCCACGUACCAGCUGCUGGUGGCUGCACACCACCCCGAGGACUUGGCGCCAAAUCCGGAUGUCGAAUUUGUGGACCGCAAAAGCUCAGGCUUAUAG